AUGGAACUUUUGAAACAUGCAAUGCCGGCGCACUGCUUCUCAAUAGUAAAUUGUAUGGGCGGGCCAGGAAAAGAAGGAUGGGUAUUUGGUCAAUUUCUGGAUCACAUAGCUCACGAAUUGCUUACUGGGUUGGAAAAAAUAAGCAAAACACCUGAAAAAGCAAAACUGAUCCGUCGAAGACGAAGACACAUUCCGCAACGUUCCGUUUGA